AUGGUCUAUAAUCGAGAGGUUCUUACGACCGACAUUGGAAACAGCAUAUCCACUCUCACAGAACAGCCAAGAAGCGAACCUCCAGUCCUUGACCUCAGCCCUGCACAGCUUCAACCUCUCGAUAUCCCACCAAGGCCAGAGUCGCCUUCAGAAAAUCGGGAAUGGAGCAGCCAAUUUCAAACAAAUUUUGAUGCAUAUGCUGCAAAUAUACUGGCGCAUUAUAAAGCUAUCGUAGCCCAUGCAAAGAUCUGUGAUCGGAUAAUGGAAGAGCUAAGAGUCCAAGCAUUGGCAGUUCAAGUUGCCCUCACAAAUUUAGAUGCUCACAGCCGGUCUGUGCUGGAGACAUUCGAAAAAUUCAAUGCAUUUGCCACAAAGGAAUUCGCCAAACAGGCUCGACUAUUGCAAUCAUUUCCGCGUGAUAUCGAUGUUCUACGACAAAUUAAAGUACACCCCGCACUGCUGCCAGCAGAUUCGCCUGAGCGGUAUAUCUCGGACUUCAUACCAACGGAAAAGCUCGUACAAUGGGCAGAACGCUGCCGAGAGAUCCAUGAAGGCUUGCUGCGUGACGGGAAAGAUCUCUCUCGAUCUAUCAAGGAGGUUCAAGAAGGCACAAUAGCUAUUAGAAGCAACAGCGGCAUCAACCUGGACCAACUGGAAGAUGCUAUGGCUGAUAUUCUACAGACACUUGAGCACCAGAGUCAAAUCAGAGAAUGGGUUGUACGAGACCAAAGUAGAGUCAAGGAAAAGCUGAUAGAGAUUUCUCGUCCCUCCGGAUUCCCAGCAUCCGCCUCAACUCUCGAGGCACUGGUACAGCUAGCUAAUGUCUAUGUUAAGGAUUAUAUGGGCUCCUCCAAAAAAGCCGACAAUAUGCUUCGGGAUAAGCUCACUAUUUUCAUAGCUGCAAAGCGCUCACAGACAGCCAACCUCAUUACACAACUUAUGCACAUUUCUAGACUCCAAUCUACAAUCGCUAAUAUACCUCCCAGCCUCAGUAACUUGGAUGAGUCUCUUCGGAAAAGAGACGCAGAUUUCAGCCAGCUUGUAUAUGUUCAGCGUAUCCCUAUCGCAUAUGGCGCCUUGUUGGUGGAAGUUGUGCGUAGACGUGAGUACUCAAAGCUCCUGCUCCAAAAAUCUCAACAGUUGGCUGAAGUUAUGUCGCGCUUUCGGCAGCUGGAGCAACGCAGGCGAGAUUCAUUUAGGUCAGAUAUUGCCAAAUUUGUGCCCGUAGUGGUGCCAGGGCUGGAUGACGUCCCAUCAUUUUGCGAAAUCAAUGCUCUCAACACACGGGACCGUCUUCCAUCUUUCACACGAGAACAUAUUGCGGAGUUUGAACGGCUUGUGAACCAAUUAAGCAUUGGUCUGGGAGGUCCCGAUGACAGCCGUAUGCAAGGUCAAGGCGUAGAGCAAUCGAAUGUCGGCAUUAGUUCGAUAAGUAGUGGUCAGGAUCCUAAUCAAGAUGCAUUUUCCCGACUUCGUACUACCCUCACAAAGAUGACAGCACAGGUGGAAGCCAUGGGCAGUGAAUUUGACAAGAUUUUGGAAAAAAGUUUUAUGACGGACCGCAUCAUGCGUUUAGAGGAAGAAAAUGCGCGACUUCGUGCAGAAAUGUCACGGAUCGAUGUCCAACAGCGCUCAGGCACCCCACAACUGGCACAACAGCCGUUCUCUCGUCAAAACACGCCGGUUGGAGGGGUUGGAGGCUCUAUCGGACAAGCAUCCACAGCUAUAUCAGGAACUACUAUUCCUAAUAACCCAUCGUCUUCUCCAAAACUGGCUCGCAAGCCUUCUAGAGGAAGCAGCUCCACACCCAUCGCUCAUCGCGGAGAGUCGGAUGAGCAGCAACAGGCAUUGCAGCAGCAACUUCAGCAGAAUCAACGCCUUAUAAAGGAAAAUACAGAGUUGUCUACAAAAAUCAAGGCCUAUGAAACUAGGAUCCGCUCACUAGAAGAAAAGCUCUAUCAACACUUUCAUGCCAGCUCUAGCGUGGAACUACCGCCAUCACCGAAGGGCUCGGCCAGCCAACCAGGCCAAUCAACAGACCCCGACCAUCCUUGGAAGGCGUCUGAAAACCUGCAUGAUACUCAUGACCAGCUUCAGCCUAACGAAGAAGGACGGAAAGUGGAGGAAGAAAGACUUCGGAUUUUGGAGCAGGAGCUGCAGGAUAUCUCACUCAAAUUACAUGAAACAGAGUCUAAAUUACGAGACGAAUGCAAUGUCAGCCGUCAGGCUUUAGCUCUCCAAGACGAGCUUCGGCAAGAGCUUCUGGAGCUCAAGUUGCAAUCAGCAACCAUGGAAGGAGCAUCAAAUGAAGGCAAGGUAGCUGACACUAUUGCUCAGAAGAGAGCCGGCGAGCUGGAUGAGGGACUUAAGGAUAUGACUCACAAAUACGAGCUUCUAUUGCAGCGUCAGGAGAAGGAGAAAGAAACCCAUGCGAUGGAGAUUCAAACAUUCAAGGACCGCAUCCAAGAACUCAAUAAUCAGCUCAGCAUUGAUAAAGAGGCAUGGGAAAAGCAGCUAGGACAGGCAACGGAAAGGGCAACAGAGCUGGAGAACGAGCUAGCCGUUGUGAACGAAGAGUUGCAGAAUAAGGUGCUUCAACUAGAAGAAGAGCUCGAAAAUCAUGCAGCUGAACAUGAAAAUAUCACUGCGCGCGCUCGGGAGCAGGAAAGACAACUCGAGUCACACCGUACAGUUUACAAUGAUAUUUUUGUACAGCUUAAGGAACAAGAGCAAAAGACAUCUGACGCCAUACGAGAUGGACAGAAGGCGAAAGAUGACUAUGCAAAGUUACAUGAAACUCAGCUGACGUUGGAAAGAGAACAUGAGGCGCUAACCAAAGCCCAUACGGCCACGCAGAAAGCAAAAGAUGACUUGGCUGAGCAGACAGAAAUCCUUCGUAAGCAGAUAUCUGAACUAGAAACUCAACGAGAGGUGUACAAGGCCGACGUAAAUCUUCGACUUGAAGAGGCCAAGAUUAUGGUGCGGCGUGCUGAAGAGGACUGGAAAGAGAAAUCCAGGCUUUUAGAUAAUAUGGAGCGUGCAAUCAAAGAUCUUGCCAAACCCAUCCAGCAGUCACUAGUUGCGCUUGGACACACCCAAAUGCAAGUGGAGAUUACAAGCGUUGAUCAUGUACAUGAAAGAUUGCAGGAAAUUGGACGCGGCAUUCAGGAUGCUGUUAAUAAGCACAGGGCAGAUAUGCUUGGAGUACAAGAGGAUAAUGAAAUGCGCGUUGGGGAACUGAACAAGGAAUAUGAGAUGGACAAAAAGAAGCUAUACGCCACCAUCGACGAGCUUAAGAAAGCUUGUCAGGAUGCUGAGGAAGGAGCGGCUACGGUCGCUAAGGAACUAGGAUCGACUAUAGUUCGUCUCAAAGAGGAACUAGAAAAUGCUCGUACUCAGCAUCGUGCUUCAGCUAUCCCAGUACCGGUCUCAACAACGCCCACAGCUGGAUCACCAGCGCCGUCGACUUCGUCUGUCACCCUCAUGUCAUCUUUAAUGCAUACUGGUAUAGACAAUCCUGAGCAGGUACAGAAGACAAGCAUGGCCUUUAGUGUAGGUGACCGUGUCCUUUUAAGCGCCCUGGCACUUGACCUUGGAAUCCAUCUGCCUCUUGUGUCAUCGCCUGAGGACGCCAACUAUCCUAGUUCUUCUGUACUCUUGGACAAAUCUGAGAAACGCAGCAAAACUGGAAGUACCCUGGCUGUAUCUCAAACAUCGCAUACCAGCUCUUCGUCUUCCUCAGUCGCUAUAUCUUCCAGCAGUGGAUCAGGCAGAAGCUCCAGCACAACGGUCCCACUAUCCAAGGACAUACUACGGGAUUUCGACUUUUCGGAUCUUGAUGUGGCUGAAACGACUUCAUUAAUCAAAAAGAAGCUGCUUGACACAGAGCACCUUCUUAAGAGAUGGCAGCGAGAAUGUAAACACCUUAAAGAAAAAUACAAUCGUGCCGCUGCAGAAGCUCAUGAAAAGAUUGCAUUCCGCAACUUCAAAGUGGACGAUCUCACGCUGUUCCUGCCUACACGCAAUUCAGUGACGAAACCGUGGGCAGCAUUCAAUAUCAACUUUCCGCAUUACUUUUUAGACCCAUCGUCAACCAUGGUCAGUCAACUUCGAAACAGGGAGUGGAUUGUGGCAAGGAUCACGUCGAUUACAGAAGCGAUCGUUGACAAGCGGUUAGAGGUAGCGGAAGAAAACAAUGGCACAACCCCCUCAUCCUUAGCAACAACCUCUACAGCCGUUUCCUUCCACAAUCCGUUUGGACUUGCCGAUGGCGUCAAGUAUUAUCUUCUGGAGGCAACAAGCUGGAAUGGGUACCAUGGGCAUGGCAAGUCAUCAUCAUACCAUUCUGGAAGUGGACGAGAAAGCAGUAGCAAGCUUCGUCAUCACUCAUCGACAUCUGCUUUAAGUGAAUCAUCGAGCUCAUCUUCGAGGCGUGAAAAAGAACGGCUCAAUGAAGGAAAAGACAAGGAUCAUGAAAAUGAGCGUCGAAAGCACCGAGAGCGCAGCAAUGCUCACGGGGAGAAAGAUGGAUCCCAUAUUACAAGUAUUAAAGAGGAUCAUCUGAUAGAAAUCUCAUCCUCGCAGAAGCCUCGGGUUGCCAAAGAAAAACCAUAUAAAGAAUCUAUUAGCACGAGUUCCCCACUAUCCACAGCCGUGAAGGUCUCUUCUACUUCCGGUGUGAACGCUUCGAUGCUAAGUUUGCAUCAAUCUGCUAGUGAAUCAGGUCAUGGGUUGAGCGAUAGUCAAGCAACAGUUGUAACAGACAAGACAAUGGCGGGUUUUACCCAGCAGCAGACAAGGACAGGAUCCACAACGGCGUUUGGAGCAGAGUCAUCCUCUUCAAACUACUCGCCACCGACUGGUCAAUCAGGUUCCGCCGCAGGGUACCGCUCCUCUGUUGGGGCUACUGGGUCCUCGCCAAUUUCGAUCCCUUACCAAUCCGCCGCCACUAACGCCCUCAGGGCAAUUUCAAGUUCGGUUGGUAGCACAGGCUCCGGCUCUGGAUCAAUACCUUCGUUACUGGCACAUCAUCUAGCAGGGAUAGGAUCUAAUUCAGGAUCGGGAUCGGGACCAACGAUGGUGGCAAGUAGCCCACCAAGAACUAUGAUCCUGUCGUCUUCACCACAUAUUACAGGCAUAUCUACAGUAUCUGCCAUGGGUACCACUGUGAGUGUCAACAGUGGGUCGUCAACUAUGGCUCCGUCUCAUACACAGGAUGGAGGAGUACCCCCUAGUAUAGGCUCGAUUUCUGGGUCGUCUUCAUCUUCAAACGCACCAGUUCAUCCGAGUCGACUGAGUUUCUCCAGUAAUCGAGAAGAUAUUGAGCAGCUGGCAGUUUUUGCUACGGAUGAAGAACAAGAAUGGGACAGAGAACAACAGCAACAACGUGAGCAACAACAAAGGAAUGCAUUCCAUAGAACUUCAUCUUCCACAUCCACCUGGCAUGGUCAUGGUGAUCUGUAA